AUGCAAAUCACUUGCCACUUCGCUACUCCCCUCGAAGAGGAAAAAGUCAAAACAGUCAUCACGGAAUUCUCCAACAUCGGCGUCGAAGUGACCGAGAAAUCCCGCAAAGACUCCGGCGUCAUCUUCACAGCACCAAGCGCAGAAGACAAAUAUCAAGCCGCCGGCGAACUUCUCAAGUCAUGGGUUCCCAAGCGCGAUCCUAUCGUUGGAUACACUAUGCUGUAUUCGGGCUGA